AUGUCUUUCUUUUUCAGCAACUUAACAAAUGACUCUAACCUGUGGAAAGUAAGUCAUAAUUCUACGGACCUUGUGAGCUCGCCAGCCACUCUGACUCUUUCUCUUUUUUGCCUCAUCUGUUUAAUGACUAUCGCAGCUCUGGUGGGCAGCAUUUUCUCACUGGCUUCCCUGCUGCCCAUGCAAAACAGGACUGUUGUGUCCAUGCUUGUGGCUUCCUGGUCUGUGGAUGAUCUCUUAAGUGUCUUGUCAGUGGCCAUCUUUCUGGUUUUGCAGUGGCCAAAAGAGGCCCCGGGUUACUCCCAGUCUCUGUGCACCACCUCUGCCUUACUGUAUUUGUGCCAGGGCCUCUCCAGCAACUUGAAGGCGACACUUAUAGUCGUCUACAACUUUUAUACGAUGCACAGGACGGUGUCGAGUCGGUCAACUUCCUGGCGAUCCGGACAGGUGCUUGGUGUGGCUUUAACGGUGUGGGCAGUCAGCCUGCUGCUGGCCUCGCUCCCGCUGUGCGGCUGGGGCUUCUUCGAGCGCACGCCCUGGGGAUGCCUGACGGACUGCUCCAGCCCCUACGUGCUGCUCCUCUUCGCCGUGUACGCUUCCGCCUUCGGGCUCCUGGCGGUUCUCUCAGUCCCUCUUACUCAACAGCUGCUGUGCUCGGAGGAGCCGCGGAGACUCCACGCCAGCUACCAGGCAAUUUCCCGCGGCACCUCCACUCCUGGGACCCCGGCUGCUGGGGGAAGAGUGCUCUGCUUGUCGCCAGAGGACGUUACGAUCCCUGCUCUGCGAUGCUCUGGGGGGUGCUCCCCCAGCUCCGACGCAGGGUUUGCCCCGGGUCAGCCCGCUGCGCCCCGCGCUGGAGCCUGCAGGGGAGAGAAUCCCGGAACUCCCCAUGGCUCCAGGAGCUUCCCUGUGAGCCUGGCACAGAAGCGGUUCGCUUUGAUCCUAGCUCUGACGAAAGUCAUUCUUUGGCUGCCCAUGAUGAUACACAUGGUGGUAAAACACGUGGUGGGGUUUCAGAGCCUUCCGGUCGACAUGCUCAGCUUUCUACUAACCCUGCUGGCCAGCAUUGUAACCCCAGUGUUUGUCUUGUCCAAACGCUGGACCCAUUUGCCCUGUGGCUGCAUCAUCAACUGCCAGCCGGACACCUGCUCCCCUGCAUCCGAUGGGAAAAAGCUGAAGAGGAAAGGCUUUGAAUUCAAUCUAUCAUUCCAACAAAGUUAUGGAAUCUAUAAAAUAGCGCAUGCAAAUUACUAUGAGGAGGAGGAGGAGGAUGAAAAUUCCAUAUCCCGUCACAACCCAAAGAACUAUGAGUGUGAAGCUACAAAGGAGCCGCCGGAAGACAUCCACAAGGUCUUCAAUGCCAUCACCGUAGAAAUCAGCACCACGCCACCGCUGGACAGCACCACGCUGCCGGCCAUCAACAAGUGCACCAAUACUGACACCCCAGAGCCCAGACAGGAUGUGCAGGAGGACAAGGGUGGCUUUUCUGUUAAUGCAGAAAGCGAUAUUCACCGUGGCGAAAUCACCUCUUCUGAAGGUCCAGAAAGACGACUGUCCCAUGAGGAGAGUCAGAAGCCAGAUCUUUCAGACUGGGAGUGGUGCCGAAGUAAGUCAGAACGGACGCCCCGCCAGCGUUCCUGUGGUGGGCUGGCUAUUCCCUUAUGCGCAUUCCAGGGGACCGUGUCUCUCCAAGCACCUACUGGGAAAACUCUUUCUCUUUCUACUUACGAGGUCAGUGCAGAAGGGCAAAAGAUAACCCCGGCCUCUAAGAAAAUAGAAGUCUAUCGAUCGAAAAGUGUUGGCCACGAACCAAACUCAGAGGAGUCUCCCUCCACGUUUCCGGACACCAGCGUGAAAAUACACUUGGAGGUUCUUGAAAUCUGUGACAACGAUGAGGCUUUGGACACUGUGUCCAUCAUCAGCAACAUCAGCCAGUCCUCCACAAAAGUCAGGUCUCCUUCUCUGCGCUACUCACGCAAAGAAAAUAGAUUUGUCUCGUGCGACUUAGGAGAAACCGCCUCCUACUCUCUCUUCUUACCCACCAGUGAUCCUGAUGGAGAUAUCAACAUCUCCAUCCCAGACACUGUGGAGGCACACAGACAGAACAGCAGGCGGCAGCAUCAAGAGAGAGAUGGCUACCAGGAGGAGAUCCAGCUGUUAAACAAAGCCUACAGGAAAAGGGAGGCAGAAAGCAAGGGUAAUUAGAGAGUGCCCGCGCUAACAGAAGCCAGAACGGCUCUGCAACCUUAGACUUAUCACAGUCCUAAAACGAAUUCCCCACUUUCUUUUAAUCAUAGGCUUACAUAACCUUUCCUGGUUUCCUAGUUAUUAUUUUUUUGGGUGACCUGCUGUAAUGCAUACAUAAAGAGUAUUUCAUAUGCUGCUUAAAGAUCAUACACUGUGGUAAUUGAACAACUUCCUGUCUAGUUUCUAAAAUCUUUCUAAACCAAAUCUUGAUCUAGUUUGCCAAUGUUUUUGCCUAUCUGGCAAAUGACUACAUUGUUCUCCUGCAUGAGUUUCUGUACACAUGCUGCUUUCUACUGCAAGAGAUAAAAGAGAUGUUCUAGCAAUAGAGAAAAAUAAAAAUGCACCAAAACUCUCAGUUGUAUUUGAACACAGAUUUGCUUAAAUGUGUCUAGCCAAACAAGCUUAUUCUAGUUGCUGCUUUAGCCUUUUUAGUGGUCUAGGAAAUAUGUUCUUGUGUAAAAGGGAAAAUUAAGCUUCUGACAUGGAAAUUUGGAAAUAUGGUUAGCCCUAGUCUAUCAUUAUUUCAUUUGUUUCUAUAAAAUACAAGUAGUUUAGUAAGUGGUUCUGUUUGACUCUUAAAUAUAUCACGUUGUUUCUUUCCCUUUUCAGUGCUUCAAGGUCAAUUCUAAACAAAUAUUCUGUAUAUUACAGGUGGCAUUAGAAGUAAUCUUUAACUCAAACAUCUCUGGAAAAAGCUUGUUGUUCAGUUUCUCUUCCUACAACAAAUACCUGCAAUGUGCUUUGUUUGGACUCAUGGCCCAUUGGCUCUGUUGCUUCGGAGACUGCACAGGGUGCACGGAGUGGCACAGGGUGGAAUUAAUAUAGGACAGAAGAAAAUCACACAGGGCAUGAGAGCCAAUGAAAGAGACAAGCAUCUUUGUUCCAAAACCCCUUCUAGAACAUGUUCCCAUGCCCUAAAGAUGUCUAAGUAGGCCCCACCCCCAUUUAUCCUUCCCCUGGAAGUACUUCCCUGGAAACUGUGACUCCUCAUAUUAACCCUUAGGGUCCAAAUUAUAGCGUACCAUAAGUAUAUCACCAUCUGAUAAGCAUCCUGUUUCUCGGAAUGAAGACUGGGAGGAAAUCCUGUCACGUUAAAUCCUGAGAUGUACACUACACUAGGGGAACAAGCUUCCGGCUAAAGCAGAGGAAAACCCUAGAGUGUCUAACAAAAGGGGGUCUGCUCCUGUUGCUGAAGUUUGGGAAGACUUGCUUUGCCAUUCUUGAUGCAUAGAAAAAUUUAUUUCAAAUAUUAUUGCUCAAUUGAAUACUUUAAGGUUUUUCUCCUAAAGACAUUGUUUUAUCUUAAACAAUUCAAUAUGGCAAUAUUAAUUUCUCAAAACAUCUUAUCCGCACACUGCUAAAGUAUAUUUCAAAAAUUAUGAUCUUUUAAAAUUACCUUAUUCUAAUCUUUCUAUAGACAUAUU